CACACUCUCAGCAUCUCCUCUGGUGACAAAGGGUCCUCCGGGGAGACGCGCCGCGCGUUACCGUGUCCUCUGCUCUCGUGCUUCUGCAGACAGAAACACAGACAGUCACUGAAAAAGGGAGACAGACAGAGAGACAGACAGGCAGCCGGUGUGAGUCGGGAAGAUGCGUGCAGCGGGCAGCAGCUCGCUGUGAUUGUCGGAUCAGUACGGAGCAGCGCGCGGAGGAGCAGCGCAGACAUGAUGAGCUGUAACUGGGGCACCGAGCUGUGGGAUCAGUUCGAUAACCUGGAGAAACACACGAGCUGGGGAAUUGACUUCCUGGAGAGAUACAGCAAGUUUGUUAAAGAGCGAGCCGACAUCGAGCUGAGCUACGCCAAACAGAUCAGGAGUCUGUCAAAGAAGUACCAUCCCAAGCGUAGCAGAGAGGAUGAGAGCAGGUACAGCUGGUGUUUGGCGUUUGCGGCGACUCUCCGUCAGCUAAACGAACUCUCGGUUCAGAGAGAAGAACUCGCUGAAAACCUGAAUACACAGAUCGUGUGUGAGCUGACACGAUACACACAGGAAGUGAAGACCGAGAGGAAGACUCAUUUCCAAGAUGGUCGGCGUGCCCAGCAGCACAUUGAGAGCUCAUGGAAACAACUGGAGUCUAGUAAACGUCGGUUUGAGCGUGAUUGUAAGGAGGCGGAGCGAGCUCAACAAGUCUCCGACAGAAUUGACCUCGACAACAAGACGGACGGAGAGAAGCGCUGCUCACUGAAGGCUCGUCAGACGGCUCAACAGAAAAAACAAGCUGCUGAAGAAUCCAGGAAAGACUAUAUGACCAGUUUAAACCAGUUUAACCAAGACCAACAUCAGCACUACCACACCCUGGUACCAGUGAUAUACCAGCGUAUCCAGGACAUGGAGGAGCGGCGGAUUGAGAGAAUUUGUGAAGCGAUGCGUUCGUCUGCAGAGGCAGAGAGGAAAGUACUUCCUGUUGCAAGUCGCUGCCUGGAGGUCAUGAUGGACGCUGCAGAGGGCAUCCAGCCCAGGAUGGACACCCGGCAGGUGGUGGAGGUAUAUAAAUCAGGCUUUGACCCCCCCGGUGACGUGGACUUUGAGGACUACAGCGCCUCCAUGAGGAGGAGCAUCUCUGAAUCCAGUUACCUGGACAACCGGGCGGAGGGCCGGAGACAAAGCAGGAAGCUGUGGCCCUUCAUCCGCAAGAACAAGCUGCUUACCCUCCUCUCCUCCCCCCGCCAGCCUCCCCCUCCUCCCCCAACCUCACCUUCACCUGGGGGCGUGGCCAGCAGUCCUCAGUCUCCACCCACUGCCUCCAGAGAACCAAUCACACAGCGGCUGAAUGACCUCAUGACCUCUGGCUCCAGAACCAGGAAGCAGUGUCUGCGCAGCCUCAAGAGAGGGAUUGGACAGCUGUCACUCAAACUGGGCUCCGGUCCUGCAGACUGCAGUCAUCUCCCUCCUGAACAAAGAAGAAAGAAACUUCAAACCAGAAUCAACAACAUCAACCAGGAGAUCCAGAGAGAGAGAGAGCAGAGAGACGCUCUGUUGAAAAUGAGGGAAGUUUACGAACAAAGUCCUCAGAUGGGCGACGCCGUCAGCCUGGAGCCUCGACUGGAGGAAGUGAAGCAGAGUCUGCAGAGAAUGGAGGACGAGCUGAGGAAGAACCAGGCGUGGCUUUCGGAGGCUGACAGCAGACUCUCUGAUCACGGCAGUAGAAGACAAAGUGGAGGUUGUGGGUUAAAUUCCCAGGUGACGACGCCAGGCAGCAGCAGCCUGAAACAGCUGGACAACCGGAGUCCAGCCAGCAGAGAGAGUCCGGACGGCAGCUACACUGAAGACAACAGUGCAGAGCUUCAGUUUAAGUCUCGUAGUUCAGAGUUUGAUGACGACUUUGAUGAUGAAGAACCGUUACCGAGUAUUGGCACCUGCAAGUCCCUUUACCCGUUCCAAGGUCAGAAUGAAGGCACUCUAUCGAUGGUGGAGGAAGAACUACUUUCUGUGGUGGAAGAGGACAAAGGUGACGGUUGGACCAGAGUACGGAGGAACCUGGAGGAGGAGGGAUAUGUCCCCACCUCCUACAUCAAAGUCUUCCUGGACAGCAGUGCUAAAGGCUUUGUGCAGAGUAGUCGGCUAGUCUAGCGCAGUAAUCGACCAGUGAGGACGUCUCGCCACAGGAAGUGAUGUAAAGGAAAGGUAACAACUUUUCAUUGGACAGUUUCAGAUAUCUAAGCCAAUCAGACAACAGACUGCUGUCGAUACAUGAUGGAGGACUGAGAAAUCACAGAGAGAUCAGUAAUUAGACAGAUCCCCAAAACAGAUCAAAGAUCAGACAGGUCCACAUUAAUCAUUACUCCCCAUUUAUAUCUUUAUCUGUUUAAAAGUGAAUACAGAGCUGCAGGAUGAUGAAGUGUUUCUGUAGUCGGACCCUGAAGUUAGCAUCACUGGUUUCCUCCACAAAAAGCAAAUGGGAUUUUGGAUUAUUGCAGGAAAUAAACUUUGUGGCAAACAUAAGGUUCAUGUAAUAUUAUGAUACUUACAUGUUUGUUCAGCAAGAUAAUCUUCACAACAGCACUUUUGUGAUUUUUGUGAUUAAAAAGAUGACGUUAGGCUAUAAAGGAACUACAACACGGUCACAUGACUUCACGUCACCACCGCUAAGCUACUGGCGGCUAAUGUUAGCGUGAUGACGUUUAACGUCCCCGACAGCCUAUGUAGUCUCAUUUAGCCUCUUGUUAGAAACAGCCUUUGUUAGAUACAUAGGGGUAAUUUAUUGACGGAUUUUUUGUCGGAGAACAAAACGUAAAAAUCUCUUCAGCUCGUGUUAACCACAGACAUUAUUUAAGAUAUCGAACCAAAAACCCAUUGACUUCCAGACGAGGGAACACUAAGUGCUAAAAUGCUUGUCAUAUGAGGGUUUUAGGACUCAUGCCUGCAGCACUCUAUAAAUAUACAUUGAUGUUCAGUUUUAUGAGUUUCAUAAUCACAGUAAAGAGGAAAAUGAGAAAUAAACUAAAUCCUGAAUCCUCAACUUUUUAUUUCCCGUUUGAGCCCUAAACAAUCAAUUAAACUUGUUUUGAUAUGAAAAGUAUUUCAUGUAAUCUUUCUGAUUCACUGACAAACUGACCUGAGAUCAGUUUAACGUCCUGAAUUAAAACAGAAAAAUCAAAAUGUAAACUUUUUAUAAAUUAGUGUUUGCAUAAAUGUGUUAUUGAAAAGAAAAUGGUGGACGAUCCUUCCUGAGACUGAAAUAAAAGAUGUCAAGAGAAACUGAACAUCUUGUUUCUGUGUGUUCGGAUCUCUGCGGCCGUCAGAAACACUUUAAAGGACAAUGUUAUUCUGUAAAAACGCUUUCAAAGGUUCCCACUGUGUAAAGUUUUAAAAAUGUAAUUUUAAACUUGUAUAAAUAUAAACUGUAGCUGCACAGGUGUAGCCCCGCCAACUGUAUACCUGCUUACAUUAGCCCCGCUCCUUGUACAUGUCUUACAUUAGCCCCACCCCUGUAUAUUAGCCCCGCCCCUGUAUAUCUUAGAUUAGCCCCGACCCCUUUACACGUUUUACAUUAGCUGCGCUCCGUUUUACAUUAGCCCUGCCCCUAUAUACCUGCUUACAAUAGCCCCACCCCUGUAUACCUAUUUACAUUAGCCCCGCCCCCACAUUAACCAGCGUGUAUUAGCUUCGCCCCCACAUUAACCAGUGUGUAUUAGCCCUCCUGCUUGUUGAUCAUGUUAUUGAUUGCGUGAAAUGUGAAACUUUUAUUUUAUAGUAAGAUGUUGAUGAGUUUUUUUUUUUAUUGAGACGUGAAACUGCUGAUCACGUUCUUUUCAACUUCCUGUAUGUUAAACUUUCAAAAUAAAGUACUCUCA